AUGGCUGACGAGAUUCGCGCACUCAUACAAAGACGUGCUACAAUAAAAGCGCAUUUAACUGGAUUUAACAGUUACUUAGAAAAAUGGUCUGAAUGUCCGGACAAGCAGCAAUUAAUAGAACGUUUAGAAAAAUUUAAAAAUACAUGGGAUAGCUUUGACGAAGUACAGACUAAUAUUGAUUUGGUAAAUGCGACCGCCACUGGCGCACAAUCGGACGAUAACGAAAGAGCGAUUUUCGAGGAAUCAUAUUUCCAACUGGCCGCGCGUGCCCAGCGUCGACUUGCGUCCGUCAGGCCCCCCACGGCUAAUGAUGAUGUAGCGACUGUCCAAAAUCAGCCCGUACAGAACGUAUCUGCGAAUAUAAAGCUUCCUACAAUUAAUUUGCCCACUUUUAGUGGCAAUUACGAGGCAUGGUUAGGUUUUUAUGACAAUUUCAAAUCCAUCGUACAUGACAAUGCGAAUCUUACCCCUGUUCAAAAAUUACAAUAUUUGAGAUCAUCGUUAUCAGAUGAGGCCGCGCAGGUAAUUCAAUCUCUAGAAACUUCCUCUCAAAAUUACGAAGUAGCUUGGGCUCUUAUAGUGGAACGUUAUGACAAUAUAGAAGAAUAA